AUGACAACACGCAACCUAAACGGCAAUUGGAUUGACACUCUCCGAAGACAGUACGUCUACGACCUGAAAGACGACUCUCCCCAUCCUAUCAAAUACCUUCUUUACAAUACCCACAAGAAGCAAGACUUGUACUUUGUCAUUCCCAACAAGAUCGAAGAGCCGCAACUAAGACGCUCACUUGUCAAGUACCAUCUGUCUACCAAGGGUACAUCUAUCGUCGAGUGGGAGAACGAGCACAUUCAACGAAGCAGAAACUCAGGACGAAUCACCAACCCCCGAACAGCAAACAUGAAGUUCACACUCGCCACCGUUCUUCUUCUCCUCGCUCCAGCACUCAUCAGAGCCUGGAAAUUCGAGGUCUUCGAAGAAGACUGCAUCACCUCCACUGACUUCAACGAAGGGGACGACGAUGUAGAGUGUGAGGAUACGGCGGAACCGCACGGCUGUUUUCGCAUCUCUGAGAUGGGUAGCUGCGAGAUAUUCUUCCACGCGGAUGCUGAUGAGUGUGAGGAUGGCGAGGUCACUAUGUCGUACACGGCUACGGACCAGGAUCGCGAUAUCACGCCUGACUUUGAGUGGAACAACUGGAGCGUUCAGUGCUAA